AUGGAGGAGGAGAGGAAGAUUAGCAUCGCUGAAUUAGUGGCCGUGAAUGAAGGAAACGGACCUUACAGCUACGCCCAGAACUCUUCCUAUCAGAAGGGUUUAAUUGCACGUAUAAAGAUGAAUAUCGUGGAAGUAAUCACCGUGUAUUGCCCUAUUGUACAGAAAGGAGUCGCUGUUGCCGCCAUGGAUAUCAUCAAGGAAGCUCUACUCACCACCCUUGAUCUCAAUGACCUCUCUUUAUCCUCUUCAAACCCCAUCAUCAGAAUAGCAGACUUUGGUUGCUCCACAGGUCUCAAUUCCAUUCAAGCCAUUGAAACCAUAAUAAAAUGCCUGUUGGACCUCAUCAAACCCAUCAAACAACCUCAAUUUGGUGCCCUCGAGUUCCAAGCCAUCUUCAACGACCUCCCCACCAAUGACUUCAACACGCUAUUCGCCAAUCUCCCACCCGAGAGACAGCAGUACUUUGCCCUGGCGGCCCCGGGGUCAUUCCACAGCCGUCUCCUACCGAGCACGUCCCUACACUUUGCAUACUCGUCCUUCACAAUCCACUUUCUGUCCCAACCUCCGCAAGAGAUAUUGGACGAGUCUUCCCGUGCUUGGAAUGGAGAGAGAAUUCACUACGUGAGCUCAGCCGCGGAGGUCAUUGGCGCUUACUCUGCUCAGUUCGGGAGAGACAUGGAUGCAUUUCUCAGCGCAAGAGCAGAGGAGAUGGUUGGCGGAGGAUUGGUAUUCAUUGUUGUUCCUGGUGAGCCGGAUUUGGUUCAUGAUUCUCAGACAACUAUAGGGUCGGAGAUUGAGCUGCUGGGUUCGUGCCUGGUGGACAUGGCCAAUAAGGGGAUUAUAAGCAAAGCCAAAGUAGAGAGCUUCAACGUGCCAAUCUAUUUCCUAUCAGAAGAGGAGCUGAAAGGAGCGAUCGAUCGAAACGGGUUCUUCUACAUCGAGAGGAUUCAGACCCUGGACCACCCGAAAAUGCACGUCACUUUUUCCACUCUUGAAUCGCGCUCUCUCUACUUAAGAGCGGCAUUCGAGGGGUUAUUGCGCCGUCAUUUUGGUGAUGAACUGAUCGUCGAUGAUUUAUUCCACAAGUACUCGCUGAAAGUGGCGGAAUCUCCCUUUUUCCUGAACCCAGAAAGCCACGAAACCAUCACAUUCUUUGUAGUCCUUAAGCGUAAAAUGUAUGAAGAGAAUUUGUAG